UUUGUAUUCGAAACUUGAAUGUUUUGAUUGUUUGCGAGUUGCGACUGUUGCGAGUACCUACUACUAUACGCGUUUGUGAGGAAGGUGGUUUGUGUGUCGUUUCGUUCAUUAAAAUUCGCAUAGUUACAUGACAACAAAGUUUCCGACAAUCUUUAAAUCCACGAAUGAUACAUUACUUUGACUGAAUUGUGGAGUGAAGUGAUUAGAAACCUGUUUUGUACAUCUGUGAAGUGUAAUGUCUGUGAAUUGUAUUACUCCGACUGCUCUAUCUUAGGUGUUCAAUUAUCAGGACAUAAAUGCAUGGCAAUUCAUUGGAACGCAGGGCCCUCGAGAGAGAGGCCCUGCGUAAUGUCAUCAUUCAGUGGAACGCCAACAGAUUAGAUCUUUUCGAGCUAUCGGAGCCAAAUGAGGACCUGGAAUUCCAUGGCGUCAUGCGGUUCUACUUUCAAGAUUCGGGUCAGAAGGUAGCGACGAAAUGUAUCCGCGUCGCCUCGGACGCUACUGUGGAAGACGUUAUCGGCACUCUCGUCGAAAAAUUUCGCCCGGAUAUGAGGAUGCUGUCGGUACCCUCCUAUGCCCUAUACGAGCUUCACGAGGGUUGCCCAGAAAGGAAAAUGGCACCUGAAGAAAAACCCCUAUUAGUACAAUUGAACUGGCACGUGGACGAUAGAGAAGGCAGAUUUUUAUUGAAAAAUGUAGAUGACAAAACGGUGAAUUCAAUCGGCAGCAUAGACUCUAACGCAAGCUUCAGAAGAAAACUAUCGAAAAGGGAGAAGAAGCAAUUAAAGAAACAGGAGAAAUUGUCCAGAAUGAAAAGCGAGAACGGUGAUAUUAAUGAUAAGCAAGAUGGUGUAGCUGAGAAAUUGUACACUGAAUUACCUGAAACUUCUUUCACACGAUCAAUAUCUAAUCCAGAAGCAGUGAUGAGAAGAAGACGGCAGCAGAAAUUGGAGAAGAAAUUGCAGCAGUUCAGAUCCAAAGAUGGAGGACCGGAUACAGGGGGCACCUUGAAGAUAUAUGGAGAAGCUUUGUGUAAAGACGUUCCAUACAAAACUCUCCUUCUAUCCAUUCGUGAUUGUGCCGGUGCUGUUGUUCGAGAAAUGUUAGACAAAUACGGUUUGAGUAGGGCCGACCCUACUCAGUGGUGUCUUGUGCAAGUGAACGCUAACGCCAAUGGGACCACUGAAUCAGAAUAUGUGCUUGACGAUGACGAAUGUCCACUUUCUAUAUUGAUGAAUUCUUCAAAUACUGGAUCAAUCAUGUUCCACGUGAGAAGAAGACCGGCAGAUUGUGCGCCACGUAAAAGAAAAAAGAAACCGGGGGCGUUAGGUGCGAACAACAAUCCGAGAGACUCCAGGGAGAGCCAAGCUCCACUUUUGGUGGAACUAGGUCCCGAUGGUUCAACUCCGCAUCCUAGUGAUACGGCCAGGACGAUAAGGUUGAAUACGGAAGUCAUGGAGGUGGGCUCUGCUAAUGGCAUAGCCUUACAACUUUAUAGCCCUCAUAUUCAACCUCGUCAUUGUGUCAUAACCAACACAGAUGGCGUUACCUCCCUAACUCCAUGUCACGCGGAUGCUCAUACAUACGUUAAUGGACAAAGGAUACACCAAACAACCAUUCUGACACAUGGCAGCUUAGUGAAAUUUGGCAACAGCAAUACAUAUAGAUUUUUGGACCCAUCACAAGAAGAGAGAACGAGACAUUCGGGUGCAAUGCCUGAUUCGUCUAGUAGGAUAUAUGACAGCAAAACUACUAGACCACAAAGCCCGUCUGAAACUAAUCAAAGAAAUAUCGUUGAGACAACGUUUGAUAUAGAAGGAAAUGUUGAGACCAUUUCCCUAGCAAGUGGUGCUAAAGAAGACAGUAGAUCCGUGGGAUCAUCAUCAGAAAACAGAGUGAGCGGUUUGGACCGUUAUCCAAGGGGCCAAGAUCCUAUAUUACCGGCAGUCUUAGAAUUUCCGGAAGAACCGCAAGAACAAUUUUUAGCACGAGUGAUCACGCAUUUAGAUGUGACAACUCCUACUUUUCGGCUAGCUCCUGCAUACACCUUGUACCUUUGUGCUAGAUAUAGAGCGUCAACUCAUUAUCGGCCUGAACUUACACCAAUGGAAAGAGCCCAUAAAUUGACUUUGUUACUUCAGCAUGCAGCGAUGCUCAUAAGGCACACAAUCCAGGAUAGGAGUACAGAAAUCACAUCCCAAGCCUUCUGGUUAGCAAACGCCAGUGAAUUGCUCCAUUUCCUCAAAUCAGACAGACAUGUUAGUGCUUUUUCGAUACAAGCUCAGGAUACAUUAGCUGAUGCAGUGCAACUAGCUUUCAAAAACCUUGUUGCAUGCUUGACUGAUGAAUUGAAUGGCGCACUGAGCUUCUUUGUGACAAUGAGUGGGGAUGACCACCCAAGGGAAGUAAUAAAUGUCUUAAGCAAUGCGAUGAAUCUCUUGAGGAAAUGUCGAGUAAAUGCAGCAUUAACAAUACAGCUGUUUUCUCAUCUAUUCCAUUGGAUUUCGGCUAAAGGAUUAUAUCACAUCAUCAGUAAUAGCAAUCUUUGUACCAGAAGCUUUGGACACAGGAUGUUCAAUCGACUAAGGAAUCUUCAGGCAUGGGCUGAAAGUCAAGGGUUAGAGUUGGCGGCCGAGUGUCAUCUAGCAAAAAUAUUGCAGUGUGCUCAUCUACUUCAAGCACCAAAGAGUACCCCUGAAGAUCUAGCGAAUUUGUCAGCAGCUUGUUUUAAGUUGAAUUCAAUGCAGUUGGGUGCUUUGUUAAUGCAGUAUAAAGCUGAACCAGGCGAAAAAAUUGCAUCUCCUUCGCUCUUAGAGCAAGCUGCCAAAGCCGCCGAAAGUGUUGCAGAUGAGUUGGCUAGAGCAGAAGGUCGCGAAAUAACAUUAUAUGACGACCCUGCCCCACCUCUCCAACUUCUUUUACCAGAUGAUGGAUUUAGCUGUGAUGUAGUCCAAGGUGUUCCACCAGGCUUAGCAGAUUUUCUUCACCCUCUUCAAGCAUCCGGACUAUGCCGACUGGCAGCGCAACCCACUAGCUCUGGUCAUUGGACAGUGUACAUGAAUGUUCCAAGACCUCCAAGCGCUUUGAGUAGCUCCCAACCAGAGGUACAAGUUAUCCGUUUGCACAAAACUGGGGGUGGUAUGGGUUUAUCAAUAGUUGCAGCUAAAGGUGCAGGCCAAGAAAGAUUGGGUAUUUACAUUAAAUCUGUGGUCCCUGGAGGUGCAGCUGAUAGAGAUGGGAGAUUGGCCGCUGGGGAUCAGUUACUGUCGGUUGAUGGACAGUCUUUAUUGGGAAUCACUCAAGAGAAGGCCGCCGAGUUCUUGGUUAGAACUGGCAGUAUCGUUACUUUAGAAGUUGCUAAAGGAGGAGCUGUGCAUCAUGGAUUAGCAACUUUGUUGCAGCAGCCAAGUCCUACUCCACAUAGAGGGCCUCGAAGAAUGUCUGAGAGAGAUCUUCCAUCGAAGGUAGAUUCAGAGCGUACAAUUCCAUCUUCGAAAUCAGUGCCAGCUCUUCAUCACAUUUCACCAAAUUCUGAACAGAGUCGACCUACCCAUGAUGUUUUCAAUCCAGGUUAUAGUAGAACAUCUUCGAAUAAUAGUAUCAAUACAAAUAGUGUAGCUCAGAUUCCCCAAAGUGCACCAAUAAAUACUUCAGGUCUAAGAAGCAGAUCCACGCACAACUUGCUUCAACAGGACAAUGGAUUCUAUCAAAAUCUGAGUGUUUAUAGAAAUAAAAUGCCUAAUCAAUUGGGAGACAGAACUUCUGCCCUGAGAAGCUCACAGAACUCCCUACAAUCUUCGAAUAAUUCCCAAAGACCCGCUUCUGCUUAUUACCCACCUGCUAACACCAAUUCUCAGAGUAGGAUGAAUCUACAUCAGUCGAUACCAAAUCUGAAAAGUCCUCCUUCAAUGCAUAGACUUCUACAAAAUGAAGAUUCAAGGUCUGGCUCUUUUCCUAAUGUCAACCAUCAGCAGUUCAAUCAAAAUUCGUACCAAGGAAAUCCAAACACAUCAGGGCAAAACUACUCCCCAGGAAUAAAUAAUUAUAAUACAAGACAAGAAGAAAUGAAUAACAAAUAUUUCACAUAUGGAGGAAAUACACAUACCAGUCAAACACAUGGAAAUUCACACUUGAUGGGAAAUAUGAACAAUUUGCAUCAGCCGUUGAAUAUUCAAGCUAACGGUCAUCGACAUGAAGAACGAUAUACGAAUAACGGAUCUGGUUUACUCAGAGAAGAUGUGAUUAGACAUUCUCAAGGUCUUCGUCAUGAAGAUAUGAUGAGAUAUCCUAGUGUAUCGAAUAUUCGGUUGUCUGAAACUCAAAUGCAACAAAACAGAAUACAGGAGGAUUUCAACCGAUUAAAUGAUUUGAGAGCUUCAAAGAGUGAGGAUAUGAUGAAACAACAUCACAUGAAUAAUACAUAUCACGGUGAUAUCAUGAGCUAUGCCAAUAGCAGUGGAAUAAAGAGCCAUGAGAGCAGUAUGAAAAUUGAUUCACCCCAACUGAGACAAAGUACGGAUAUGCUACAUCACAGAUUCAACAAUGAGCAAAUGACCCAUUUAAGAGGGCAGGCAAAAUUGGCUGAAAUGGGUGAGGAGGUUAGAAGGCGGCAGAAUAGGGCAAUGCCUCCCUACACUCAAUCAUCACAUUACUCAAACCAGUUUCACAAUCAGAACAGCCCGUCAUACUCUAAUUCUCCAAACUUCAAUGUAAACAUGAUGCAUAACACUCAAAGUAUGCAGAAUCUCAAUUUGAAUAGUUCAAACUAUCCCCUAAGUCCCACAUAUAGUAAUCACAGUGGAAAUAUUCCAUCAUCACCUACAUCAUAUAAAUCACCCCCUGUAUCUUCUAAAAUAAUUAAGAAGCAAGAGGAUGUACCUGAACCUCCACCUACUAGUACCCACCCACUAUAUUCUGCAAGUGCUCAAGAUCCUCCCAAAAUGUCGUUUUAUCCAACCAAUCCAACAGGCACAACCACCAAAACUCCCAAAGAUCCUUGGGCAAGAGAAGAACAAGAACGACAAGCGGAGGCUAGGAGAGAAGCAGCUAGGAUAUGGCAAGAACAACAAAUAAAAGAACUUCUUGCCCUUCCUCACAGGAAUCCUCAGCAAGAAGAACAACUGAGAGUGCUGCAGUUAGAAAGAGAAUUCCAACGAAGGGCUUUGGAAGCAGACCAGGAUGAUGAGGACACUGAGAAGGAAAGUCUCUCUCCUCACAUGCCUCAACCUGUUUCAAGUCAGACACAGGUUACUACUUUACAAACUUCAACGGCUACUAGUCGGACAGAAGCUCCACCCACAUCUAUUCUCAAGCCAGGAGGUGUUAGUACUGGCCCCCCUUCAAGUAGUUCUGAGAAUAGUCAGAACUCGCCUACGGAAUCCGCUGCUCCUCCACCUCCUGAGAGAGGUUCUAGCUUUGCUGUGAUGUCAAUGAGAGCUAAGGAAAACACUAAACGCGUCUCUUUCAAUGACACAAGCCCUACCAGUCCACAAGCACCAAAUACUCUUCAUUUUGAUGAAAACAUUAGAGAAGAUCCCAACAGUUUCAUUCGGCAAGCUGAAUCAAUGUUGGCAUCUCCCACAACACCGACAUCACCAGGUGGAGUUCUGAAUAGCACACCUGGCGUUAUUGGUGCACAAGAAGUGUACAAAGAUCCACGUGCCAAAAGGUUAGCAGAACAAGCUCAACAGAAGAAUGUUGCUGCAACUCCUGUUCCUGAGAAAUUAUCCUUCAAAGAAAAAAUGAAGAUGUUUGCUAUGGAGAGUGGUGAAAACAGCUCGUUUAAGGAUAAGAGCAAAAUUAGUAAAGCACAGAGAGAAAUAGACACUUUGGGAACUAAUCAGAAUCAAUCUGGUAUGGUGCACUAACAAGUGAACAUCAAAGUCCAUUUAUACAAAAUAUUUAUUUACAAUGAUAUAAAAUUAUAAUGCUAUAUUGAACAUUCUUUCAUUUUUCCGAAAAUUAUUCUCCACAGAACCAAUUUACUGAUAAUUUGAGAAACCUUACAAUUUUCCAAUUCGAAAUUCUACCAUCCAGAACAAGAGACCAAGCAUUUAGAAAAACUCUAUAGCAUCAAGUUCCUGCUAUUAUUGUUGAAAUUUUUGGACCAAUUUGAAGCCUCGAAACUAUUCUUGGAACUGAGUAACCCAGUUAUCUUAUGAUUCUAUAUGUAUAUAUCUUAUGAUUCUAUAUGUAUAUAUAGAUAUCCAAAAAUAUAGUUUUCAAACAUUUAUUGGUGCGAAAAAGUGUGAUAAGCUAGGUGAAUAAAUUAUUUAGAAUUGAAAUUCCAUUAUUGCGUUAGGAUAAAAGAUGUCUGAGAACUAAAUAUUCUCAAAAUUAAAUAUUUUCAUUUUUUAAAUGCCUGAAAACACAAAUCCAUAGAAAUAUGUUGUGUAGAUACUUUAUCGUGAUUAUGAUAUUGAAAAUAUUUCCUUCAAAGAAAACCUUCUAGAUUCUAAAUGUUAAACAAUACCUGAAUUAAUCUGAAGUGGCACUGAAAUGUAGUUUCCAUAGAUAUACUUACUACUGAUAAAAUAUUUACCGUCCAAGUUGCAGCUUUUCAUUGUACAACGAGGCCAAUUUUAACUGACUAAAUCUAGUUCUUAAUUCUUGAUUUCUAUUGAGUAGAGAUAAUUAUAUAAAUUUGACGAAAAUGAAUUUAUUAGAAAAGUUUCCUUCGAAAAUUAUAUUGUAACAUAAAUAUAGAGAUUAUUUUUGUCGUUUUAUAUAUAAAAUAUACCCAUCUAAAUAAUAAGAGCAAUAUAUUGCACAUAAUAAGGACCAAUGUUAAUAUUAUACAUAAAUAUAUACCUACAAUAAUAUUAUAUUCUUAUGACAUUCCCAUAUCAUCUUGUCUUUUUUACGUAUAGUUUUGGAAUUAACUUUCUUAUUUGAGAAUUUUGUUGAUAUAUAUUAGAAUGUAAUCUAUGAGCAAUAUGUAUAUUCAAUUAUGAAAUUAGAUGAUAUAGUGUAAAUAAUGUUGUAUAUUGUAGGUUACACUUAUUUUAUUGCCUCAGAUUAUAAUUUUUUCAAGGCUUUCCUUUCAUCUUAUUGUCCUUUAUUUUCUGUGAGAACACAAAUAUAUAUUAAAGAAUUGAAAUCGUG